AUGCUCCCCUCCUGUCCUGCAGAGCGCAGCGGCACUGAGCGACGGUAGCGCCCGGCGCCGGCGGGGACCGUGCUGGCCUCAGGCAGGUGGAGGAUGAACGGCGACGCCGAGUGCCCUGCAGACUUGGAAAUGACAGCUCCCAAAAACCAAGACCGCUGGUCGCAGGAGGACAUGCUGACUCUGCUGGAGUGCAUGAAGAACAACCUGCCUUCCAACGACGGGAGCAAGUUCAAGACCACCGAGUCCCACCUGGACUGGGAGAAAGUGGCUUUCAAGGACUUCUCGGGGGAGAUGUGCAAGAUGAAGUGGAUGGAGAUCUCCAACGAGGUGAGGAAAUUUCGGACCCUCACGGAGCUCAUCAUGGAUGCUGAGGAGCACGUGAAGAAUCCUUACAAGGGCAAAAAGCUCAAGAAACACCCCGACUUCCCCAAGAAGCCCCUGACUCCCUACUUUCGCUUCUUCAUGGAGAAGCGAGCCAAAUACGCCAAGCUUCACCCCGAAAUGAGCAACCUGGAUCUCACCAAGAUCCUGUCCAAGAAAUACAAGGAGCUUCCCGAGAAGAAAAAGAUGAAAUACAUCCAGGACUUCCAGCGAGAGAAGCAGGAGUUUGAGAGGAACCUGGCGAGGUUCAGGGAAGAUCACCCGGACCUCAUCCAGAACGCCAAGAAAUCUGACGUCCCCGAAAAACCCAAGACCCCCCAGCAGCUGUGGUACAACCACGAGAAGAAGAUCUACCUGAAAGUGCGUCCAGAUGCCACCACGAAGGAGGUGAAAGAGUCGCUGGGCAAGCAGUGGUCUCAACUCUCCGAUAAAAAGAGGCUGAAAUGGAUUCAUAAGGCCCUGGAACAGCGGAAGGAGUACGAGGAGAUCAUGCGUGACUACAUCCAGAAGCACCCCGAGCUGAACCUCAGCGAGGAGGGCAUCACCCGCUCCACACUCACCAAGGCUGAGCGGCAGCUCAAGGAUAAAUUCGACGGGCGACCCACCAAACCGCCUCCGAAUAGCUACUCCCUGUACUGUGCAGAGCUGAUGGCCAACAUGAAAGACGUGCCCAGCACGGAGCGGAUGGUGCUGUGCAGCCAGCAGUGGAAGCUGCUCUCCCAGAAGGAGAAGGACGCGUACCACAAAAAGUGUGACCAGAAAAAGAAAGACUACGAGAUCGAGCUGCUCCGCUUCCUGGAGAGCCUGCCCGAGGAGGAGCAGCAGCGGGUGCUGGGCGAGGAGAAAAUGUUGGGCGGCAGUCGGAAAGGGGCGACGAGUCCCGCAUCCAAAAAGUCCUCGCCGGAGACCGGCAAGGCCAGCUCCGAGAAGCCCAAGCGGCCCAUCUCAGCCAUGUUCAUCUUCUCGGAGGAGAAACGGAAGCAGCUGCAGGAGGAGCGGCCGGAGCUGUCGGAGAGCGAGCUGACACGGCUGCUGGCACGCAUGUGGAACGACCUCUCCGAGAAGAAGAAGGCCAAGUACAAGGCACGGGAGGCAGCCAUGAAGGCGCAGUCGGAGAAGAAGCACGGCUCUGAUAAGGAGGAACGCGGGAAGCUGCCCGAGUCCCCAAAAACAGCAGAGGAGAUUUGGCAGCAGAGCGUCAUCGGGGACUACCUGGCACGUUUUAAGAACGACCGGGGGAAGGCACUGAAGGCCAUGGAGGCCACUUGGAACAACAUGGAGAAGAAGGAGAAGCUGAUGUGGAUCAAGAAGGCGGCGGAGGAUCAGAAGCGAUACGAGAGGGAGCUGAGCGAGAUGAGGGCUCCCCCGUGCUCCACCAACUCUGCCAAGAAAGUGAAGUUCCAGGGAGAGCCAAAGAAACCCCCCAUGAACGGUUACCAGAAGUUUUCCCAGGAGCUGCUGUCCAACGGGGAGCUGAACCACCUCCCUCUGAAGGAGCGGAUGGUGGAGAUCGGCAGCCGCUGGCAGCGCAUCUCGCAGGGCCAGGAAGGGACCCACUAUAAGAAGCUGGCGGAGGAGCAGCAGAAGCAGUACAAGGUGCACCUCGACAUCUGGCUCAAGAGCCUCUCGCCCCAGGAGCGGGCUGCCUACAAGGAACACACCUCCAACAAACGCAAGAGCAUAGGGAAGAUCCGGGGCCCCAACCCCAAGAUGAAGCCAACGAUGCAGUCCAAGUCGGAGUCAGAGGACGACGACGAUGAUGAAGAGGACGAGGACGAUGAUGAUGAAGACGAAGACGACGACGACGACAACGGGGACUCGUCGGAGGAGGGCGGCGAUUCCUCAGAGUCCAGCAGUGAGGAGGAGAGCGAGGACGGAGAUGAGGUGAGCUGGGGGGGACGCACAUCGUGGGGGGGUCCCAUCUCUCAGCCC